AUGGACAAUUUUGUCUUCUACACGACCCUGGUGAGAAAUGAUGUUGGAGACACUAUAAUCCUUGACAUCCUGGUGAGAAAUGAAGUUAGAGACACUAUAACCCUUGACAGCCUGGUGAGAAAUGAAGUUAGAGACACUAUAACCCUUGACAGCCUGGUGAGAAAUGAAGUUGGAGACACUAUAACCCUUGACAGCCUGGUGAGAAAUGAAGUUGGAGACACUUUAACCCUUGGCAGCCUGGUGAGAAAUGAAGUUGGAGACACUAUAACCCUUGACAUCCUGGUGAGAAAUGAAGUUGGAGACACUAUAACCUUUGACAGCCUGGUGAGAAAUGAAGUUGGGGACACUAUAACCCUUGACAGUCUGGUGAGAAAUGAAGUUGGAGACACAAUAACCUUUGACAUCCUGGUGAGAAAUGAAGUUGGAGACACUAUAACCUUUGACAUCCUGGUGAGAAAUGAAGUUGGAGACAUUAUAACCCUUGACAUCCUGGUGAGAAAUGAAGUUGGAGACACUAUAACUCUUGACAUCCUGGUGAGAAAUGAAGUUGGAGACAUUAUAACCCUUGACAUCCUGGUGAGAAAUGAAGUUGGAGACACUAUAACCUUUGACAUCCUGGUGAGAAAUGAAGUUGGAGACAUUAUAACCCUUGACAUCCUGGUGAGAAAUGAAGUUGGAGACACUAUAACUCUUGACAUCCUGGUGAGAAAUUAA